AUGGCUCAACCACAACCCCCGGAGAACCUCGUCAACGAGGGCAAACUCGUGUCAUCCCAUGUGCUGGUUAAGGAGGAACAUGCAGAGUCACAGAUGUCUCAGCCAUCUAUGAAGCCAGGAAAUGACGGUCGUCAGCCAGUACCGCUGAGUUGGAAACUCGCUUCUAUCGUUCUAGUCACAGCGAUAGGCUUUGGGUCGCAAUGGAGCUCGGGCGUGACCGCAGCUAUGAAGAGCACCAUCAAAAAAGAGUUACACAUCAAUAAUACCCAAUUCUCCCUUCUGGAGGCCAGCGAGGACUUCAUGGUCACUGCUUUGAUGCUUGUCAGUGGUAUCGUCACCGACAGAAUUGGUGGAGCUGGAGCGAUGUUGUAUGGCAAUCUCCUGUACUCGGUUGGGUCCAUCUUGGUAGCCGGAGCAGCGCAGACUCGAUCGUACAAGUUCAUGAUGGCUGGCAGAGUGGUGCGAGCACUUGGAGACAUCGCAACCCAAGUUGCCCAGUACAAGGUCUUUUCGUCUUGGUUCGCACCCGGAAAUGGCUUCGCCUCGACUCUAGGCUUCGAAUUGGGGAUUGGCAAGAUUGGUGCUUUCGCUGGCAAGUCCUCAGCCAACAUCAUCGCCAAGAAACUAGGCUUUGCUUGGGUUUUCUGGAUCGCCGUGCUAAUGAACAUCUUCACAAACGUCAUGACUGGUGUCUUUUAUUACUUCACCAAGGUUGCCAAUCGUCGCUACCAUGGGAUCAAUGAUCCGGCCACUGGCGAAAAGCUCACUGAGAAGACGCGGAAGUUUGAGUACCGAAAGGUCUUGGAGCUACCGUGGACAUUCUGGGCUGUUAUGAGUUUCUCUUUAUUUGAAACGAGCGCUGCUAUCGUAUUCCUACAGAAUGCUACUGAGCUUGCUGAGCAGAGAUUCGGUACUGAUUCCAUUGCAGCUGGAUGGUACAGUUCGGUGCUACAAUACUCUGGCUUUUUUGUUGUCCCUUUGCUCGGCGUAUUUCUUGAUCUUUACGGAAGUCGCAUUUCCGUCUUGGUUUUCUGUGGAAUUGGCAUGUUCAUUUCCAUGCUUCUCGUGUGCUUUUCCGGGGCUGUCAAGGGAACCGCUGCCUCGUUUGCCGUCUUCGCCUUCGCUUAUUGCUUUGGCCCGACCACGAUCAUCGACAGUACACGCACAUCGAUGUGGGACAGCACGGUCUUCGGAUCCGCCUAUGCCAUCAAAAUCACCAUGAACAACGCGAUGAACAUCAUUGUUCGAAUUAUCACCGGAAAGAUCCAAGACGCUGACAACAACUCGUAUGACAAAGUGACAAUCGUGUACGUCAUUCUUGCUGGACUCUCUGUUCUCGUAUCCCUACUUCUCGCUGUUGUAGCGUGGAAGUCAGUUGACCUUGGGCAUCUUCAAUGGUCACGAAAGAAGCGAAUUGCGCAAGGAGCUUUACUCAAUGAAAGAAAACUCCUCUUUACGAGCGAAAACGGUAAUAAGAACAGGCGGUUGUCGUUAGCUUGCUUCGCUGCUUUGGUUAUCUUGAUUUUGGGUAGCUGGUGCGGAUACUUCUGGGGAGUCGCUACUGGAAACAACGACUAG